AUGACUUUUACAAACCGCGCAGCCUGGCUACAGGCCGAGAAGGCAAAUCCUCUUGUAGUGGGAGCCGGGCCAACUCCGAAUCCAUCAGAGGAUGAAGUAGUGAUCAAAGUUUCGUACGCCGCAGUCAACCCGGCUGAUUGGAUGAGCCAAGAUUUCGCCUUACCACCCCACAUCAAGUACCCGACCAUUCUUGGAUUGGACGUUGCUGGAACAGUUGCUCAGCUGGGCUCUAACGUGACACGCUUCAAGAUAGGACAAAGAGUGCUUGGCCACCUCGAUGGUCUCGCUACUGCUAGGCCCUCUAAUAAUGGGUUCCAGCUCUACUCAACUACACGAGAGAUCUUUGUCUCGGCGAUUCCUGAUUCCCUGCCACUGGAGAAUGCAGCAGUACUCCCCGUCUCUAUCUCGACUGCUGCUACUGCUCUAUUUGUUCAUCUCAAACUUCCACUUCCAUCUUUGAACCCAACCUCGACAGGACAGAGAGUUCUGAUCUGGGGAGGAAGCUCGUCUGUUGGAUGCUCUUUGAUCCAACUUGCGAUUGCUGCCGGUCUUGAAGUUGUCACUACAGCUAGCACCGCGAACCAUGAUCUGAUGAGAUCACUUGGGGCAUCUCACGUAUUCGAUUAUCGUGACUCCGAUGUCUCAGAGAAGUUAUUUGGAGUUCUUCGAGACGGAGAUCUUGUUGUGGAUGCCAUCAGCACUAAAGAGACACAAACCACUUGCGGAGAGAUACUUGGAAGACUGGGAGGAGGGACACUUCCAGUCAUGCAACCUCAGGCUGGCACAUUCCCCGAGAAUGUGAAAGUGGUCUUCGUCAUUUGUAUUGAUGUGGGCUUUACAGCUCUUGAUGUGGGUAAUGCAGUCUGGCGAAAAUACAUUCCUGAGGCACUGGCGGCGGGCAAAUUCCAAGCAAAGCCAGAUGCCAUCGUGAUUGAAGGUGGACUGGAGAAGGUGCAAGAGGGAAUUGAUAUUCUACGAAAGGGUGUUUCAGCCAAGAAGAUUGUCAUCAACUUGCCUUAG